UAAACGUCAAUUUAUACACGUGCAUUCAAACAUUGAGUAGCGUUUUUCUUUUUGAAAAUAUUUUUCUUUCUGGUCAACUUUUUAAAACCCUUCGUUUAUCUUUUAACUGCAUAAUAAAUCAAAAUGGGCAAAAUAAAGACCGAACCCGAAGAUGGUGAAGAUUUCAAGAACGUUUCCAUCAAAGAAGAAGGAACUUACGAGGACAAAUUGAGAUAUGUUAAUGCCAUAUCGCAACCAAUGGCAUCGAAGAAGCUUGCCAAAAAAUGCUACAAAUUGAUUAAAAAAGCAAUGGUACACAAGACUUACAUCCGGAACGGCCUUAAAGAUGUUCAGACAAGAAUAAGGAAAGGCGAAACAGGUAUUGUAAUUUUUGCUGGAGAUGUAACACCCGUUGACAUCAUGUGCCACUUGCCUGCAGUGUGUGAAGAAAAAGGUAUUCCAUACACUUACACUCCCAGUCGAGCCGAUUUAGGAGCGGCUAUGGGUGUCAAACGUGGAACAGUAGCAUUGUUGGUCCGAGAAAAUCCUGAAUACCAAGAUUUAUAUGACGACCUAAAAGCAGACGUGUCUGCACUUCCCAUACCCUCUUAAAUAUAAUAGUAAUAAAAAUAGUAAUAACACUUUAUCAAAGCAUAUAAUAAAUUUUGUAAAAUGAAAAAAAUAAGAAAA